UGUGCGACUGAACAGGGAGUGGUAAACCCGCGCUGCCACCGGCACCCACGGUGUCUUUAGACGCCUGUUUGCGGGGCUGGGGCUGCCCGUGCCCUGCCCUCCAGGGGAGAGAGGCAGCUUUGCACUUCAAGGGGGUCUCCCCGGCCCCGCAGACACGCUGGAGCCAAGGGCUGUAGACAUUUGCCAGACGUGUGAACUUUCCUGCUCGCUGGUAGCUGUUAUCUCUGCUCGAUUCCCACUUUGAUGUGUGUUCGCACUUACAAACGACCCCCCACCCCCGGACGGAGCGCUCAUAUAAGAGCUGGCCGAGGCCAUGGGUCCCCCGUGCCCUCACCGCCAUGAACCAGGCCCAGAUCCCUUCGGCAGAGACCAAGCCCCACGGGGUCAGGCCCCACAUCUGCUGUGCGCCCCCUCCCCGUGCCCCCACCUCGCUGGGCAGUCCCACCCGCCUGGUCACAGCCAAACCCCGACGGGGCAGCCCCCAGCAGGGCCAGCCCGCGCACAGCGAGCCCUGCGCGGCGGAGAGGAGCCGAGACGAUCCCCGGGACAUCACUGACCCCUGCCCGUCUGAGCCAGCCCCCGACGGCGGCUGGCUCAGCGCCGACGAGUCCUCGGGCUACGAGAGCGAGAGCGCUGGCGGGGAGCGCGCCGGGGCCGCGGCGGCGGGCGGGACCCGCGGGCGGCAGCGGCGGGCGCGCACCGCCUUCACCUCGGAGCAGGUCUGCCGCCUGGAGAAGACCUUCCAGCGCCAGAAGUACCUGGGGGCCACGGAGCGGAGGAAGCUGGCGGCUGCCUUGCAGCUCUCGGAGAUUCAGAUCAAGACCUGGUUUCAGAACAGGAGGAUGAAACUGAAGAGACAGAUACAGGACCACCAGCACAGCCUCGUGUCCCCCGUUCCACUCUACAGCUACGCCCCGGGGACCUCACCAGCUCUGUUUCAGGAUGGUCUCCACUACUCGUUUGCUGCCCAGCACCAGAGACUCCUGCCUUUUACCCCAGUCCCUGCUGUGCAGUUUGGCUUCUCCUUUCCCAGAUAUGACGCAUCGCAAAGCACCUACCCCUUUACGGCAAAUGAACUGCCGUACUACCAUCCACACCUUCUUCCUCAUCCUUCUUUCCAUCCAGUUAUUCAGAACAAAAUGGACAAGCAAUGCCACCGUGUAUAUGCAUUAUAGUGAAAAACCAAAGGGGAAGAGUGUUUUCUACUGUAAUGUAUUUCAUGCUCAGAAUCUCUUGCCUGAUUUGGAAGAGUGUCUUUAUUAUUUUAAGUUAAAUGUGAAAAUGAAUAAUUUUAUAUUUGAUAAUAUUAAAAUAUUAAUAAAUCUA